GGUGUCGCACCUUGGCUCCGAAAUUGUUACAGCUUCCAAUGGGUGCAAAAUUAUAAGACCUUCGGAGUACCCGUCCCUAACCAUGCUUUUCAGUUCAUAGGUAUAGGUUGUUUGUACAGGCACUGCUUAGUGAUAUAUACAGUCUUGUAUCUGCCUGAAUUACAUCCACUCAUGAUACUGUUUCUUGUCAAAUCUGUGUUUCAAUACUUCGUGGUAGCCAUUGCGUUUACCACCACAUUCCUCUUGGGCUUUCUUCUACUAGGCUCUACGGACACCGCUAGUGUAUACUCGAACGUGUACCUUACCAGCCUUCAAUUCAAUCAGUCUUCGGAAUUUCUCCCAAACAUUCAGUCUGCACUAAACGCAACUCGCAAAGGAUAUAUGGCGGAUAUGUCCAUCAAGAUCGGUUACCUCAGUUACUGUAUGACAGUACAAGGCAACAGUACGUGUACUGGGUUUGGUACGGGAGCUGAUUCUAGAAUAGCAGGUGUUUCUAUUGUUCCCACCAGUCUGGAAAAGGCCCCACAACUCGACUUGGUAGCAAUCUCCAAAUCCUUCAACCAGGUUUGCCAUCCCAAUCUACUCAUGACAGUGGUAAUAGUGACUAUUCUCACUAUGAUAGUGUUGUGCUACUCAGCAAUUCCUGUUGUGCCUGGUAAAAGAGUGGCCCACAAGGUCAGCUGUUUCAUGAGCUUCGCCAACCUCAUUCUCUGGGGUUUGGGCCUGAUGUUGCAACAUGAAGCCGUCUCCUCUGCUGGUAGAAUAAUUGGUCCAUCUUCGAUGGGUAUGCUAGAGGUCCUGAAAGGAAAGAGAGCAGAUGCAAUGACGUGGAUAGCCUUCACAUUCAUUUUGGUCAUCUUCCUCAACACCGUAAUGGUUCUAAUCAAAGACCUCAAACAGGUUGACAAGAAAGUCUAACCCAAGGAGAACACGAGCACAAUUUCUUCCAUAAUGAGAAUGUCCAAAAACUGAACUUACCCAAAACUAUUUUGUACGGUUCAUUGAAAAUUUUGGACUCAACUUACAUAUAUGCUAAAGUAAUGCACAUUAAACACUGAUUAAGUUAAUAGAUAGAGUUUGGGCAUCUGCUUUGCAAAAGUUUCGAAAAAUCUUUGUAGUCCGUUUCAACGGUUUUGUUUUUUAAUUUUCCACAUUCGCAGCCAAAAA